CCGAGUAAGAGUCAACCUGAGCCGAUCCGAAGCGGCGAUCCUCGAUUUUUGAAGCGCGUAUAAAAGCUAAGCGGUGUCGGGUGAGCUUUCAUUGUGCGCUCGCCACUCGUGAAUAUCAGGUAACGUCGAUCGGACGGGUUCAUACGCAGCCAGUUUUCGAAUUGCCCGCCAAAACAAAAAAAAAAACACGUAUACGUAGUGUUGCAGCCUGGAGGAAAAUUGUUACGUCGCUAUCAAAACUGUGAUCCUAGAACGGAAUUAAAAUGAGUUUAAAGUUCAAUCUGUGCCGCUGGACGCUGCUGGUCCUCGGAGUCUGCUGCCUGCUGGGCAGCACAUCGGGCAGCUACUGCUCCCUGGAGGGGAUGAAGAAGUUCGCGAUGGAGGCGUGUGAGCACCUGUUCCAGCAGGACGAAGCCUCCAGCCGCGACAGGCGAUCCAUCGAGUACCCGCAUCACCAUCUAAACCGACUGGGAUACGGCAAAACGCACAACAAGCACCAUUCAAUCAGCCGGAGCACUUACCCAAAGGGUGGCUAUCUAAAGGUGACGCGGGAGCACUUCAACCGCCUCAGCGAACUGGACAUCUUCCCGCGCUACAAGCCCAACAAGCUGCACCACGACAAGAAGCAGCGAUUCAAGCGGGAUCAUUCGGGCCGGAGCUACAACAACAUCCCCUACUGCUGCUACAACCAGUGCGAGGAGGAAUUCUUCUGCUAGAGGAGCUCCAGCGUUGUCCUAACUCCGUCCAUAGCUUAAGUUAGGCCUAGGUCAUAGAUGUACGUUCUACAAGUCGCGCUCACUCUUAUAGAGUACCUUACGUGUGCCCACUGCAGGGGACACAAGUUCAUAUACAGUAUUUAUACGCCUAGAUACCAUGUGAAUAAACCAUCGAAUACGGCAAUUGAUUAUCUUAA